CAAUUGACUCUUUUAAUUUUUGUCAUCAUCAAUAUUUGUCUUUCCCAUUUUCCAUUUAUCUACUAAAAAUAUCAUCAUAAAUUUUGAAAAAUGGACUUUUAUCUUUCUUAAACCCUACAACUUCAUUACACCCAUCAUCUGAAUUCAUCAAUUUCUUUGAUUGAUUAGCUUUCUGGGUUUUUCCAAUGACUGUUUAUGAUUCUUUUGCUUCUUGGAUCAAUAGCUUCCUUGCUUGUAUAGGUAGCUGUUUGGGCGGCUGUACAAAACCAAAUCGUGCUUCUACUGUUGAUGAUAAUCUACCCAAGGGACUACAAUGCCAAGGACUGGUGGUGGAGAAACAGAGCCAAUCGGAUGACUUUUGGGGCACCAGCACUGGUGACUUGGACACAUUUGGUCUAUCACAGCGAAGCCUUUCUUCGCUAAGUACGUCAAAUGUCAGUUUUUACUCUGAUCUAGGAUCAGCGAGCUUGAGCUCCCACAAUGACUUUGUUAAUCAUGGUCUUCUUCUGUGGACUCAAUUACGUCUUCAGUGGAUUGGGGCUACAAAAUCAAAUGAAGAUCAUCAAGCCUUGGGACCGACAAUCAGUCUGAAUGCUACGUAUGACAGCUUGCUCAGCUCCAGGGAGCGAUUCAGGCGUCCCAUCCCAUUAUCGGAAAUGGUAGAAUUUCUAGUAGAUGUAUGGGAGCAGGAAGGAUUAUAUGACUGAAGACGUGAAGUGUAGAUAGCAUUUUCAUUUUAUCAAUACUUGGAACUGCAGAAUUCAUAGCAGAAUUUGUGAGGACAAAGAAAGUUAUAGUGUUAUACAUUAACCCAAUGUAUAUAUAGAUAUUGAUUUUUAACAAAACCAAUUUAAUGCUUCUUUUUCCUAGUCUA